AGUGGUUCAUUUAAGGCAUGUUAUGGGACCAGCUUAAAAAGUCACGUGACAACUGUUAAGGUAGAAUUAUAAGAAAUGUUCAUCAUUCGAAUUGUUAGACGUAACAAGGUGUCAGUAUGUUUCUGUUUGUUCUUAUCCUCGUUUUAUUCCAACUGGCAGGGUCUACAAUAGCGGAUUGCAAACACACUAUAAAUAACCAGACUUGCAAAGCUACAACCAACAAUAGCACCUGUGUAACAGCGGCGGAGAAUGGAACUGAAUUAACCUGGUUUGACAUGCAGGCUAAAUGUUCCGAGAAUAAUGGAAGCUUGGUACAUUCUGAAGACAGUAUCACUAAAACACAACUACUACUAAACAACUCGAGUGGGAACUUUACAUAUAUUCGGACAGGCUUAUUGAUGUCCAUAGACAAUGAUAAUAAAACAUUUUGGAGAGACCCAAAACAAAAACCAAUAUGCGGUAACGUUAAUACCAGUGUUUGUUUAUCGGAUGCAAAUGAGACACUGUGUCAAUCUGUUGGAUGUUGCUGGCUUAACGUAUCCUGCCAGUAUCCUGCAGAAAAUCAAAAUGUGACGGAGUACAAAGAGAUACAAGUAUAUGGUACACCUGUAAACAGACAGUGCGUCGGUUUCAAUAGAGAUCCAAAAAGCAAUAAUUGGACUGUCACAGCUUAUGACUGUUUUGAAACUGGUAAUGAUACCACUGGGUUCGUUUGUGAAUAUGAAUGCGCCGAUAUAGGAAUUACACCUGGGGACAAAGGACAAAAUAGGAAUGGAGCAAGUUUAAUCUUGAUUAAUCUAGAGAUAAUGGGUUUACUGAUCCUGACAUGGGUAAUGCCAUGGAAUCGACUGGGAUAUCUUCUAUAGAGACUGUCACUUAUUUUUACAGAGCAUCCUAACUAGAUGAAGAUAAAUCAUGCUACACUAUAUCAGUGUGUAUGUGUUAGUCUGAAAACGUUAGAUUUGCUGAAGAGAGUAUUAAACUUAUCUUGUAAAUGAACCGCGACUUCUUGAUAAAACUUUCGAAAUGGAACAUGUUAUAUAAUUACAUAGUAUAAUUAUAUAAAAUACCUUGUUUUAUGCACCUUGUUGGUUUUUAUCCACCGUAUGCAUGUAUAUAUAUAUGAUUUUUUUUAAAAAGAAAACGGAAACAUU